GCUGCGCCAGCGCGUCAUUUGUUCCAGCGCAGUCACCGGCGCGCUGAGCGGAGCGCUCCUCCCAACCCCCGGCAGAUCCGCUACCCGCUAUACCGCUAUCCCCGCCCCGCUAUACCGCUCUGUACCGCUCUGUACCCGGGGAACCGCGGGCUGCGAACCGCAGCUACACAAAGAGCCCUGUCUGUCCUUCAGCUUCAGCAGGAAAACCCCAAAACACAGCCCUGCAUGAUUUCAAAACUGGCACAGCAUCUGUUCUCUGGCGGGCAUGUUUGCAGCAGGGUUUGACUGAGGUGGGCUUGCUGCGAUGGUGCUGGAUCUAGGGGAGGACUGUAUGGAGCGGGCUAAUGGGGAGGGCAUGGCUGCUACUGGCCUAGAUGUUCCAGAGGCAGAACCUAAACCAGAGAAACCCAAACCAGUUCGGGCCAGAGCCAGAACCAGCAGCAUCACCCAGAGGGAGAGACUGCUGCACAAUGGACCUCAGGCUCAGCCCUGCACUGGCAGUGCGCAGCCGGAGCAAAGGCAGAGGUGUGCGGUGGGCGGGAGCAGCAGAGGAACCGAACCGUCAGAUGGAGCCGUGAGGAGGACGGAGCCCCGAAGGCCCCUGAGCCUGGAGAUCAAACCCCAGCGCCUCAGAUCCAGCCAGCAUCAGCCAGAGAGAAAGGUCCUGCAGCCUCCGUGGAGAUGCGGCGCUCCCUCUCCUCCCGUACGGAGCCUGACCAGCCCCAGCCUGGGCCCCGGGGGCUGGAUGCGCCGCAGCGAGAGCACCUGCACCAUGAACUCUACAGUGCCCCCCAGAGCAGGGCGGGGACAUAUGAGACCUGCUACAUCUUUACCACACAUCACCAGGGGGAUGGGUACCACACCACUACCCACACCUUCCACCCCACGCGGGCCUUGCCUGCUAGUGGCUCUGCGUCCCAUCAAUCUCGAGCAGGAGCGUCAGGCCUUUUUUCAGUCAGAUUAUAAAUAUGAGCCUCAGUUCGAGUACAUGAACCCAGAGCCCAGCAGUGUCCUGGAGAAAUAUAGAGAAGGCUCAGGUCUCUUUCUCAACCAGGCAGUUGGUAUUAUGGAGUGUGUGUUGAGGAAGUUUGGCACCUAUGAGAAUUUUGAAGAAGUGACCGGAGGAAGUGUUCUACCCAAAAGUCGAGUGUGGGCAACAGCCCGCAAGUACUUACAGAAGGAGGGCUGUGUGGGGGAGGUGGUGGUGUGUCUCUCUGAUGAGCUGCUGUCUCAGGCUGUGAUGAUGGUGGAGAGCUGUAGACCCACUCUGACAAUCAACCUGUCUGGAGCGAGGCAGCACUGGCUGGAAGGGAUGCUGAGGCAUGAGAUUGGUACACAUUAUUUACGGGGUGUGAAUAACAGCAUGCAGCCCUGGGCCACUUCUGUUGGAAGAAAGCAGUUUGGACUGAAGCCAGCCAAUCCUACGGAGGAGGGACUGGCCAGCCUUCACAGCGUGCUGCUGCGGAAACAGCCAUUCUUGUGGCGAGCCGCUCUUCUGUAUUAUACUGUGUACCAUGCGGCCAGCAUGAGCUUCAGCCAACUCUUCAGCCAUAUCGCCCGCUUUGUCCAGGACCCCGCUGUACGCUGGGAGUACUGCCUCCGUGCCAAACGAGGACAAACAGAUACUUCUAAACCAGGCUGUUUCAGUAAAGAUCAGGUUUACCUCGAUGGGAUCCUUAGGAUUUUACGCCACCGGAGAAACAUUGAUUUCAAGAUGUUGACCUCACUAGGAAAGGUGUCCUAUGAAGACGUGGAGAGACUCCGUCCUCGUGCAGUUCUCCACAGGACAAAGAUCCCUCAUUUCAUGCAAGACCAAGAACGUUACCUGCAGCAGCUUGACCACAUUGUUACUGUAAACGAACUGAGCGACGCUGAGCUGCAAGAACUGAUCCCGUGAAUCUUCAGGUUGCUGAUAUUCUGAAGAUUUGCAUGGAUUUGGACAUUCCUUACAUUGUAUUUGCUUUGGUAAACCCAUUCAUCCCAAAUGAGUCGAACCACUACAAGCAAGAAAGCAAAAAACAGGCUGUUUCAUGCCUGGAUGUGUCAACAUAUCUGUCAAGUAUAACAUAUCUUCGCUGUCCCUCAAAAACAGUAGCUUUACAUGGGAAAGAAUAAUGUUCCAUGCCUAAAAUGGGAGUAAUUAUGGGGCAUUUCUAUUGGUACAUUAUGAAAAUGCCAGUCAGUGCAAAGAACAGAUACUAGAUUCACUUAAUUCACUCAAAAUGUCUAAAAGUGAAAAAUAGAUGCUCACCUAUGGUCAGGAACUGUGAUUACUGGCCAAAAGAAUACGCUCUCAAUUAUAAGCGGCCAAAAUAUAUGUUCUCUCUGGUGGGUGAGUGUGCUCACUCUUUGUAAUAGAGUGAGGAGCUUAUUUAAGGAAGCUUUUUUAAGGUUCUGAGUAGAACCCUUGCUCUUUUGCAUCGAGUGGAGCCAGCUGGGGUUGUUCAGGUAACUGAAAAAAAUGCCCCUCUGGUUGCCUCCCAUUAAAGGUUUAUCAAACUAAUAGGGUUAAAACCCAGUGGAAUGCCCAGAACCCACUCAUUGACAAAAAAUAUUCUUGUAUCCACCUCUAAGGGCGUUUUCACACCCGUAGUUUGUUUUGUCUGGUCUGAUUCAGUUGAUGAGUUUGUUUACAUGGAGCUUUUUACUCCUUGGUUUGGUUUGUUUUCACACAGGCACAAACCUUUACGCAACAAGAAAGUAAAUAUGGCAAGAAGGUCAUGUGUUACAGAGCAGCGUAUUUAGUUGGGAACUGUGAAGCAGCCCUUACUUAAUUUUGUCUGGUUCGAAUCAGUUGACGAGUUUGUUCAUGUGGAGUUCCAUGCAUUUCCAUGCAUUGGAACUGAGUGGUGUGAACGGCGAGCGUCGCACACACUGCGUUCAGUGUGAAACAGAUUAGCAUCUGCAAGCAGAUCUAAUCUGCAUAGAGCAAUCUGCAAGCAGAGCUGGCAUUAUUUAGCAACUGUAGUAAUUAUCUGGGUACUAAAUCAGGUUAAACUGCACCUGAACUGCAAUGUAGCUCAAACGUGAGUAGUAUAUUGGACAGUUGGGUCAGAUUGAGACCGGAUCACCAGACCACCUCCUAGACCGGUGGGUCUAGGUACGGUUGUUUUAGUCCGCACACGAGUGUGAUUACUGUUUUCACACCCGACCAAAUGAACCUCACAAAGGAUGCAAAUUAAUGAAUCCAAUGUAUCCAAAUCAAAUAGUUCUGGUGUGAAAACGCCCCAACUAAGCAUACAGGUUCUAGAUGGCAUUUGUCCACAGAUAUUGCAGCUGGGCCCAGUUAAAAGCCCUGCUAUAAGAGGUAACACACAGCCCCAGGAUGUCCUGCACAUAUCACUAAGCUGUCAGUGUCCCUCUUUUCACUACUAGGAGUGACUGGCUGUCGUAUGCAGUGACUCUCCAGCUCAUCAUAUCAGCAGCUGGAGCAGUUCCUCCCUCCACAGCAAGAAGAGCAAGAAUUGAAGAGCUCACAACCUUUAUUUGAUCUCAAACAGAAUCUGCUUGAUUGGACCAGCAAAUAAGAUGAUAAGGUUUUUGUGUGACAACGACAAUAUGAAAGGAUCCAUGCCCGUACCAGAGCAUAUCACUACACUCCUGCUGGUCUUGUCCAGCAAAGAUCAUUGCAGCAGUUUUAUUAUGUUAAUAUCAACCACGUAAGUGUUAACAGUCUUUGUUAAAGCUUUUUAAGUGCCAGUAUAAUGCAAGUAUGUUUACAAUUCGAGAGAUUACCAGCAAUUUCUCAAAAACUAAAUAUUGUGGAUCCUCAAGUUCAAAUACGGAUCAUGCAGACCGUAUUUGCAUAAAAUGAAAAAUAACAGUAUAAACACACAGGAGCCUAAUUUCUAGAGGCUAACAGAAGGUAUCUUAACUGCUUUUUCAAGGCUUUGCUUUUUGUAUUUCCCUUUUACUUCAUAAUGAUCAAGUAAGAAGUGUCACAAAUAUGCCAAAAGUAUUUAAGCACUGAUUCAUAUAUUUACGUAACACUCUGGCCACACUGUAACUUGUAUAAACACUUCUUUACCCUCUGUGUUCACCGCCAAAAGAGCACCGCGUUGAGUGUAGUUCCUGUGAUGCUGUUUUAGUUAGUUCACUGCUAGUGCUUUUUAAACCACUGUACGUACAUGACAAGUAUUUAUGCAAGUAUUUAUUCUUAUUUAUUUACCUCGCGUAUUCAUAAUGAAAACUGAAUGUUCUUGGUUUUAGCUUUAUAAAGCUCCAUUAGCGGAGUACGUCGGUGUACGCCUUAGUAUUUACAAAAGGACACCAAGGAUGUUCAACAAAAAGCCCCAAGGGAAGUUAAGUGUCCAGGUGACCGUGUUUGGAAACAUGAUUGUUCAGAUAAACGUAAAGAACAAACACCAAGUGCAAUUGACUUUUGACCUUAUUAAGAGACACUGUUUUAUAUCACGUCAGGGCGUAGUUAUAAAAGGCCAUUAGUUCUAGUUAGAGAUGACGAGACUGUUCUUUUUGGAGCACCCUUGGUGGACUUCAUUACCCGCUGUUAGAAAUUCUGCCUUCAGGAACCAGGUGUCCGAUUCAGGAGUCAGGAGACGGGAGUUGACUUGAGUUUAUUGACACACACAGAGAGUAUGGGUACAGCUCACAGUCGAUCAGAACCAAUCUGACUAGGGAUAUUUUGAGGGGACAUUAUAUACAUUGGAUCCUGCUUUGAACACUGCAGGGUGGUCACUUUAAUGGGGGUUUCAAAUUAGCAUAUAACCGAUGAGGGUCCCUGCAGAGGCAAGUGGUCAGUUAUCAGUUUGGGUCCCUGCAGAGAUGAAUGGUCAGAGAUAGUGGAGGAUUGACACCUCAAGUUUUGUAGCAGACAUGAUGGAGCCACAAUUGGGGGAGUAGGAGAGGGUGAAAGAGUUAAAGUAUAAUAGGAGAGGGUGAAAGAAUUAAAGUAUAAUUUGUUAUGGGCAGAAUUCUAUCACCGCGCUAAUGUGACGUGACCGCCGCCCGUGUAGGCCAGUUACCACUGCAACCUCUGCUCUCUACGCCUGUACAGCACAGCCGAAACUGGCCAGUCAGUCGCCUGCAGCCUCCCUCAGUGUCGUACGUUUGACGUGGGAGUGUGAUGGACUCAGGAAGAGAUAUGGGAGUUGAUGUGGAUGUGCCUUAGAUGUGUUCAGGACUCAUCUGUAGUGGCUAUUUAUUUGUAAAGUGCUUGAAAUCACAUAUCCAACUCUCUAGUAGGCUGCACGAAUAUUGCACAUUUUCAUGUUCCUCGAAUAAACAGGAAUCUUCAGUUAUUACAACUGUACACUGAAUUCA